AAAUGUGAACUAGGAAGAGCACACGCACGCGGGCCGCCCAGUCUUCUCGAAGUCGUCCUAAUUGAAGUGCGUUUUCCUCUCAACUUCUCCUAAUUCUCCUCUGCCCACAGAUCAUUCUGGAAACUGCUCAGCUCGCUUUCCCUGCAGAUUCCAACACACCCAUCUUCAAAUUCGUCCAUCUCUCAAAAUCCCAAUUCAGUUUUAGCCUCAAUCUCAAGUGGGUAAUCUUCGUUUUCGAAUUUUCGAUUUGGGUUUCUUGUCAAUUUUGAUAUCACACUUCCUCCUUUGGACCUCCGGAGUGUCAAUGGAGUCCGGUUCUUUUGAUCAGAACAUCAGGGGAGUGCCCACCCAUGGCGGUCGAUACAUUCAAUACAAUUUGUAUGGGAAUCUCUUUGAAGUUUCUAGGAAGUAUAUUCCACCCAUAAAGCCAGUUGGUAGAGGAGCUUAUGGUAUUGUCUGUGCUGCUACUAAUUCAGAAACAAAUGAGGAGGUUGCUAUUAAGAAGGUUGGCAAUGCAUUUGACAAUAGGAUUGAUGCUAAAAGAACCUUGCGGGAAAUCAAGCUUCUUCGUCACAUGGAUCAUGAAAAUAUCAUUGCUCUUAAAGAUAUUAUAAGACCUCCUCAGAAGGAGAAUUUCAACGAUGUGUACCUUGUUUAUGAAUUGAUGGAUACUGAUCUAAAUCAGAUAAUACGGUCCAACCAAUCGUUGACUGAUGACCAUUGUCGGUUCUUUCUGUACCAGUUGUUACGAGGCCUAAAAUACGUACAUUCCGCUAAUGUUCUACAUCGUGAUCUGAAACCAAGCAAUUUGUUCCUCAAUGCAAAUUGUGACCUAAAACUUGGGGACUUUGGGCUUGCAAGGACAACUUCUGAGACUGAUUUUAUGACUGAGUACGUUGUUACUCGGUGGUACCGUGCACCGGAAUUGCUUCUUAAUUGUUCGGAAUACACUGGAGCAAUAGACAUUUGGUCUGUUGGCUGUAUACUUGGUGAAAUUAUGCACAGAAAACCACUGUUUCCUGGAAAAGAUUAUGUCCAUCAGCUAAAACUUAUUACUGAGCUCAUUGGGUCACCUGACGACUCGAGCCUCGGGUUCUUACGAAGUGACAAUCCACGAAAAUAUUUUAAAAAUAUUCCUCACUUCCCGAGGCAACCGUUCUCCACUAAAUUUCCUACGAUGUCUCCUGCUGCUAUCGACUUGCUGGAGAAGAUGCUUGUCUUUGAUCCUACUAAACGCAUUACAGUUGAUGAGGCGUUGAGGCAUCCAUACUUGGCACCUCUUCAUGAUAUCAAUGAGGAGCCAGUAUGUCCGAGGCUUUUCAGUUUUGACUUCGAGCAACCGUCGUUUACCGAAGAAAACAUCAAGGAACUUGUAUGGAGAGAAUCCGUGAAGUUCAACCCGGAUCCUGCUUGAUGAAGAUCAUACCAAUUUGUUGAAGAAAAUAUUGGACAAUCUUAGCUGUUCAUUCUUUUCCCAGUUUUCUUCUUCUGUGUUGCAUUGGUUUGUGGUGUAAAAGAGAUUAAUGAAACUAUCUUGUUGUUUGCCACUUUGUGAACUAAGUUAUGAACUCAGUUUCUUAACUUGAAAUAAGUUUAGAAAGUUUUAAUUGUGUUUA